CUGUAUUUACACAGUCCCAACUUCACUGUUUAUCGGGAUUGUUUUGAUCCGUACCAAGACGUAAUUAUUUAGAAAAUCACCAGAAAGUGCUAAAAAUACUAUACUUAAUUUAUCUGACUUUACUCCUGUUGUAAGACAUGAAGAAAUACAAGGAGCUAUGGAGAGUAGAUUCUGUGUUUUGAACGACACCGAAGAGCUCCAAACGCUAAUUUCAAACACUGAGGACGAUUUCCACUUCGAAAGGUCUAAGACACUGUUUGAGGAAAUUCGUGCCUCCAUCAACAACAAUGACGAGGAGGAUCACUCCUUCUGGAGGCCUGUGCUGCCUUGGGGAGGCGUCUUUACCAUCAGGGCAGGGCGGAAGGCCAUAUCUUGCACCCCUCUGUACGUCAAAAUCAACCUAAAAAACACCUGCACCAUCGAUGGCUUCCUCAUGAUCCUGUAUGUGAUCCUGCGGGACAACCAGGGCUUCUCCCGGGAGCUGGCUGUCUUCCUGGGCAAGCAGUUUGUGGAGUAUUUCCUCUACCUGAUGGACUCCUGCGACUACACUACAGUGAAGAUGCUGUGGAUCUGGGACAGGAUGUCUAAAAGACAGUACCGCUCUGAGAUCCACCAGGCAGCCAUGGAGAUCGACCUGUUUGGUAACGAGCAUGAAAACUUCACAGAGAACCUGGAGAACCUCAUGUCAACUAUGCAGGAGAGUCUGUGCACCAACUGGAGCUGCCUGGCCCGCUUCCAGGAGUUCAUCAAGACAACGAUCACCAUCAGCCCCCCUCAUGAGCUGCCACACAGAGACCCCAUUCAGUCAGCCGUGGACAAGUUCUUCUGCCCCAAACUGCUCCUCUGCUCAGAGCUGGGGUGUGAUGGUCUAAGGGAGUUCUCUCAGAGAGUUUUCUGCCAUGGACCUCCACCUUUUGUCAUUCUCAACAUGCAGCAGUGGAAGUCUGAGGAGCUGUCCUAUGUUCCUUACCAGCUGGCUCUCUGCCAGCACAGGUACUUACUAGAGGGUGCCACACUCUUCAACAAGGAGGAGCAUCACUACUCUGCAGCCUUCCAGAUCGACGGCUGCUGGAUGCACUAUGACGGCCUGAGGAGCGACAAUCUGAUCCUGUUACACAAGCCGCCAGAGCUCCUGCUGCUGUCCUCACUGGUCUACAUCCGCGCCUCAGACAAGUGAACUCCUCUCAUCACAAGUGGGCACAUGGAUGAGCAGGAGUCGCACCGUUCAACCACGUUCCUAUGUUUAUAUUUUUAUUAAUUCCUGUCAGCUGUUGCUUCCUCUGCUCCAUUUCACCUGAAUGCUUGCAGAAAGCUUACUUUGCAAAAAUGGAAAUUACUUUCUUUUGGGCAUGCUUGGAAUCCAAGAUAAUAAUGGACUAUAAUAGUUCUGGGUUGAUAUGCAUAAAUGACAGUAGCAGUGAGUAAUGCACAUACAGUUACAGGACACUUAAGGGAGAUUGAUGUGAUUUUUACAACAUCAUGUUUGUCAAAUGGAUUACACUCUGAGGGUGUAUUGUAUAGGAGAUGACAGUGUACCACAAUUUAUUCAAAAUUGCAAAUGUACAAUUUUGGCAAUUUAUUUUUACAUGUAUGCAUAUCAGCCCUUGUUUUGAAUGAAACUGGUGCUAUUUACACUGUGAGCUGAGGCUAAGAAACAACCAAACAAGGCCUGCUUCCAAUGCCUGGUUAACUUCUUUUUUUGUUAAGAUGCUUAAAUUGGAAGCAAGCAUUUGAUACAGUGAGUGAAUGUUAAAAUAUAUAUGAAGUGUUUGUGGCAGUCUGAAAAGUAUUUUUUCUGACACUACAGGCUUCAAUAUGGAUGAUAAAUUCAAGUAUUUUAACACUAGCUCAGCACAAAUAUCUUUGCUUUUUAAGUAAUUUGUAACCAUAUACAUAACUGCAUCACACAGUGCCUCUACCAAGAAUCCUGAUGAGUAUAAAAUUGCUGUUUUUCUAUGCAAAAUACAAAUAUUUUGAAAGAUA